AUGCUUGCAAGGUCUGGCAUAGGUUGGAAUGAAAGCACAAUGACGAUCGAGACAACAGACGACAUAUGGGCUGAUUAUGUAAAGGUUGAUGGAAAUGCUCGCUUAAUGCGAUAUAAAAGUUGGCCAUACUACUAUGACUGGAUCCACAUUUUUGGAAAAGAUCGGGCGACGGGCGAACAAGCCGAGGACAUUCUCGAUGCGGUCAGCAAUGUCAACAUUGGAAAUCCUGAUAUAUCACCUACCCCAGAAACACAACCAACUGAUGAUUUUGGACUUGACCAAGAUGAAAAUGUUCCAGAAACAUUGUCUGAAAGCAUCUCGCCUUCCUCAAGUGGAGGUAAGAAAAGUAGCGGUCGCAAACGGAAAUCAAUUGAAUCUGCUGAUCCUUUAUGUGAUGUCAUGAGAAGCUUCUCUGAAAAUACAAGUGCUCGGUUAUGUGAAAUUGCAAAACGAAUCGGUUAUGAGUACGAUGUGUCCCAAGCAAGAAAGGAUGUGUUUGCUGUAGUUCGUGGCAUUGAGGGUUUGAACUUGCAGGAACAACUUUUCAUAUCGAAGAUACUUGUGAAGAACACGGAUGAGCUAGACUUGUUCUUCAGCUUGGAUGAGGGUGCAAAAGCAGAAUUCGUUCGGAUGAAAUUAACAGGGACCUUUUAG